UGAUUGCCCCUGUCCUGCCCUUCAUUUAUAUCGGACUGGUCAUUGUCAUCUCUGUUGCGUUCAAUCUACAUCAUCCCUCGCCUCCCUCAGUCUCCUUCCUCCGUCAUAGCACCCCGGUCUCCUCCAUUCCAUACAUAUAGACCCGCUUGCAUCCUUCUUCUCGGUGACAUUGGAUUCAUUUGACCUUACUCCUUUUGAAAAAAAAAAAAACAUCCCUUCAAGAUGCCUGCAAAGACUUCUGAGAACUACCCCUCCGAUGUGGAGGCCAUCGACUCGAGAGAUAGUGCCACCGAGUCUGGCUAUGCCAGUGCCAGCUCCAGCGAUGACUACCUUCCGGAGAUUGUCUUCACGAAGCCACACUUGCAGUUCCUUAACAGACAGUUGCAGUUCCUUGAGCCCCAAGAUGUCUUGAGAUGGUGUGUCACCUCUCUUCCUCACCUAUUCCAGACCACUGCCUUCGGUCUCACGGGUCUUGUGACUCUGGACAUGCUCUCCAAGCUGGACGUGCCCCGGCCCCAGAUGGUUGACCUGGUCUUCCUCGACACUCUUCACCACUUCUCUGAAACCCUGGCUCUUGUCGACCGUGUUCGCCAGAAGUACCCCUUGAACAACAUCCACGUCUACCAGCCUCAGGGUGUCGAGACUGAGGAAGAAUUCGCCAAGAAGUACGGUGCCCGUCUCUGGGAGACCGAUGACCAGUUCUACGACUGGGUGGCCAAGGUCGAGCCUGCCCAGCGUGCCUACCGUGAACUGAACGUGCAUGCUGUCCUCACCGGACGUCGUCGCAGCCAAGGCGGCAAGCGUGGUGACCUUGAUAUCAUCGAAGUCGACGAGGCUGGUCUCAUCAAGAUCAACUCUCUCGCCAACUGGUCCUUCGAGCAGGUCAAGAAGUACGUGCAGGAGAACGAUGUUCCCUACAACGAGCUGCUGGACCGUGGCUACAAGAGCAUUGGCGACUACCACUCCACUCAGCCGGUCAAGGAGAACGAAGAUGAGCGAUCCGGUCGCUGGAAGGGCCAGGAGAAGACCGAGUGUGGUAUCCAUAACCCUCGCUCCAAGUACGCCCAGUUCCUGAUGGACAUGGAGCGCAAGCGUCAGGAGGAAGCCCUAUCGCAGGCCCUUCAGACAUCGCUCACGACCGCUGCUCAAUAGGCACUGCCUACUUUCUCUUCAUUCUUGCAUCUACAACGGCGUUCUAUGAUCUGGAGUUCUCAUGUCUAGCGGAGUUACCAAGCCUUGUUCAAUUUCUUGUUCAAAAAAACACCCCACGGGCACGGAAUUUUGGGGGUUAUGUGUUAUGAUAUUUCGGGAAAUAUUUUGUUCUGGAGGAAACGGUUCUAAUGGGAUCAAGAGCCCCCGUCAAUCCUCAUCCGACUGUACAUACAGGAUUUGGCGGGACUGGCAAAAUUCGGCGCACGAACCAAGUACAUUAAUGACCUACAUGAUAGAAAUGAUUA